AUGAUUGCCACACUGCUUUAUUUCAUCAUAUUAAGAUCUGCUGCUGUUGGGGGAGCACUGAGUCCCUGGACAGAGAGCAAUGCCACUGAUUCCAGUGGAGAAUGCAUUUGUGAGGCAUUUCUGUCCAACAGCACUUUUCCAAUCGGAGAGCUCAUCUCGCUGGAGAACACAGCGGUGGAGAUCAACCACAAACUGGAGAUGGAGAUUAGCAAGGUGGAGAUGUAUGAGAGUAAACUACAGGUCUAUAUAGCAAAGAUCAUGAAUCUGACGGUGUUGAUCGAGUUGAUGGAGGGUGACCCUGACUCCUACAAUGAGUUCCACAUGGAGGAGGUGAAGAUCAAGAUCAAGCAGGUGGAGGCUCUGAUUGUAGAGCUGCAGCUAUCUAUACAAACCACCUCUGCUGUGCUGGUAUCCAUACGCCAACAGGUCAGUGUUAUGAUUGAAGUGGUGACUCGACUGGAGGUCACCUAUGACAAGAACCUUGUUCUUGUGACACGUCGAGAGUACAUCAUUCUACAGCAGAAACUGGAGGAAUGUGAGAGACGCCACAAUGAAAUCUUCAAUCCAAACAUUGGAAUCUGUAAUCAUGGUGGAAUAAGAAAAAUCAGUCAGCCAUUCAUCAGCCAGCUAAACGCAGACCUGAAUGCAGGUUAUAAGUAUGGAGGAUGGGGUAAAGACUCCAAGCCCUUGCCUGGCUCUGAGAAUAUGAACUGGUACUCGGGCUUUACUGACACUCUGGUCAGCAGAAUCACACUCUAUGCUGACUAUUAUAAACUGAUCAUGAGACAGGGCUUUAGUACACACGAGUUAUACCUUGUAAAUAAAUAUGAUUGGCGAGGCACUGGAAACAAUUACAUAGUGCGGGCAAAUACCCUGUACUAUCAGUUCAGAAGUCCUUUUAGCAUGGCAAAAUAUAACAUGACCAGCAAAACAGCCGAGUACAAGGUGGUUCCAGAGGCUACGACCCGAUUCUCGUACCACUAUUCGCCCAAUCAGAACCUGGACUUUGCAGCCGAUGAGACUGGGAUGUGGGUAACUUACGCCACAGAGGAGUCAAAUGGUAAACUAGUCUUGGGGAAGAUAGAUGAGGAGUCGUUUGCAUUAGAGGAGGUUUGGCAGACCAGUAUUUUCAAACCAUCUGUAGGAAAUACAUUCAUGGUAUGUGGGGUUCUAUAUGCCACAAGGUCUGUAGACUCUAAAACUGAGGAGAUAUUUUACACUUACAACACUCGUACCAAAGAGGAAAGCUAUGUUAGUAUUCCCUUUGAGAAGUUCCAGGAUUCCUAUGUCUACUUGGACUACAACCCCACCGAUCAGAAGCUUUACAUGUACAACAAUGGUUAUUAUGUCAACUAUCAUGUUUGGUUCAACCAUGAAAGUUCUAGAGAUAAACCACAACUCUUGAUUGGAAAGUGA